AUGCAAAGAGGAAAUCAAGACUUCGACCUAGCGAACCAAACAAUCAUCUAUUUGGGACUGAUUCCUUUUGAGUGGAAUGAAGAAAAUCUCAAGGCCGUGGUUUGUAGUCUCGGCACAGUCUUGGAUAUCCAUUUCAGUAUGGACCAUGUUGGUAAAAACAAAGGAUAUGCAUUCAUAGAGUAUCAGACACCUCAACAAGCCAAAAAUGCUAUUGCUGUCUUACUACAGAGUCAAUUCAAAAACCCCAUGACUGGAUACUUCCGUAGGUUCAAAGCUGAUCUUUCAAAGGAACCAAACAAGAACUCACAUAUCACCAACAGGCCGCUGAUUAUACCCAACAUGAACGCGAUGCCUCAAGGAAUGCAGUUUCCUCCCGACUUUGUUCCUCAAAUAACAGCAACAGCUCCUCCACCACCAAGCCAAAACCAAUACAGUCAACAAGCUCCAGAACCCUACAACCAAGCAGCCCAAAGACCAAGUAAUAUGAAUACUUCUGCUCAAGCGCCUCCACCACCACCGCCAAAUAAGGCAAUGUUGUCUGAGCUGGGGAUUCCCGAGAAAUUUCUCAAGGCAACAGAGGCUCUUCCAAUUCCAGUGAAACUUCCGUUCGCAACUCCAGAUAAGAUCAGCGAGACAUUAUCACUGCUUCCACCAGCAGAACUCAUUCAAUUGCUAGCCAACUUAAAGGCUAUUUUGGCAAGUGGCGACAUGACCCGUGCCGCUGACGUCUUUCAAUUGUCACCACAGCUUGCAACUGCUGCUACCCAGGCCCUUUUGCUUAUGGGCUUCAUUGAUGAAGGCGUCAUCCAGGAUACGAUGAAAUCAGGCGGAGCAUUGCCAACUGCAGCUCAACCAAUCAGCCAGCCGCCAAACAACUUCCAGAACAAGCCCUAUGGCCAGGAGCUGUACGGUGCUCCCCCACCAAUGAACCAAAGUGGCCCACAGUCAUUCAAUAGAACUGGGUAUGGAAACUAUCCACAGCAGAAUUACCCACAACAGGGCCCACCUCCUCAGAAUCACCGGCCUCAAAGUGGCUACAGCAGAGGGUACAAUCAGCCUCCAACAGGUAUGCAAAAUGGAAAUCAGUCCGCGCCACUACCCCCUCCAAGUUCUCAGUCUCAAGGUAGAUGGCCAAAUUUGCCACCUUCGGCGCAAAUGAAGCUCGCUAACUUGGCUCCGAACGAGGCGCAAGUGAUUGCCGAAGUCUUACUGAUGCCCAUGGAACAAAUAAACCAAUUGGCGCCUGAUCGUCAAAAUGUCAUCAUGACUUUACGUCAACAAUACAUGUAA